AUGGAAUUUCCUUUCAUGAUGCAGAUGCUUGGUACAGCACAUAAAGUAUCUGAUACAAAGCAAGAACCAACAGCCAACAUGUCUAGCAAAAGGGCAAAGACGAAGACCACCAAGAAGCGCCCUCAGCGCGCCACUUCCAAUGUGUUUGCCAUGUUUGAUCAGUCGCAGAUACAGGAAUUCAAGGAGGCCUUCAACAUGAUCGACCAGAACAGGGAUGGCUUCAUUGACAAAGAGGACUUGCACGACAUGCUCGCCUCCCUUGGAAAGAAUCCAACGGAUGAAUACCUAGAUGCCAUGAUGAAUGAGGCUCCAGGCCCCAUAAACUUCACAAUGUUCCUCACAAUGUUUGGUGAGAAGUUGAAUGGCACCGACCCGGAAGAUGUAAUCAGGAAUGCUUUCGCUUGCUUUGAUGAAGAGGCAACAGGGUUCAUCCAGGAGGACUACCUGCGGGAGCUGCUGACCACCAUGGGAGACAGGUUCACGGACGAGGAGGUGGAUGAGCUGUACAGAGAGGCACCCAUCGACAAAAAGGGCAAUUUCAACUACAUCGAAUUCACACGCAUCCUGAAACAUGGAGCCAAAGACAAGGACGACUGAGCAAAUCCAUGGAUACCUGCAGAUUAUCUCUACACUUACUCUUUUUGAGGGUUUCUUCUGAUAGAACUUGUUGCAUGCAUUUAGCUUUAUGGCUUUUGCCUUUAUCAAUGUGUUUAUCUAUUCCAGGCCAUUUAGGCACGCCUGUGUAAUCAGACUGGAAGCUGGGAAAUAUUGUGAGGAAAAGCAUACAGGGAUAGACAUCCCUGGAGUUGAUAGUGCAGGAAAAUAAUCUCAAUGUUUCUGGUUUAGCUGGAUUUUUACAUUUUUAUAAUGAACACCCUUUUGAAAUAAAGAUUGCUAUAUAGAUAAAA